AUGAAGACAUAUCACUCCUUCACAGCAAACCUCUUCUUCUUCUCCGGUUACAACAUGAUCAACCUCUAUUUCCUACUCCUUACUGGAUUCUCAUUUGCCCAUUGUCAGGCUCGAAAUCUUGACAUUUCCCGUUGCUCCCUCGAAUCGAUCACAGAGGUUUUACCUCCUGGUGUAUCCAUCAACUAUGUCAACUUUGUCGCCGAGAAUGGUACUUUUGGCGACAAAGCAGCCGUUGGAAAUGCUACUGCGUUGCCACAAGGAUGCGCAGUCGGUGUCAAUCUCAUCUCAUCUGCUACUUCCUCCUACAACUUCGCCCUUUACAUGCCCACCAAUUGGAACUCACGAUUCAUGGCCACUGGUAACGGCGGCUUUGGCGGGUUUACCAACUGGGCAUACAUGGGAAUGUUCUCUCAGUACGGGUUUGCAUCCAUGUCAACCGAUACAGGACACAUCUCUGGGUUCGGUGACACCUCUUGGGCCCUGAACAAUCCAGAGGCCAUGAUCGACUGGGGAUAUCGUGCAAUGCACGGCUCAGUUGUUGUGGCCAAGGCGGUCCUAACUGCGUACUAUGGAUCUGUACCGGAUUAUUCCUAUUACGUUGCCUGCUCAACUGGAGGCCGCCAAGGUCUUAAGGAGGUGCAGGAAUUUCCCGAGGACUUUGACGGCGUUCUUGUGAACGCGCCAGCUUGGUGGACAACCCGCCUUGGUGCAGCAGGCGUGCAGAGAGGCAUUCUCAACUUGCCAUCUGAUGAUCCGAAGCACAUUCCAGUCUCUCUGCUGCAGCUCAUCUUGACUGAGAUGAUCAAGCAAUGUGAUCCACAGGACGGGAUCACGGACUCCAUCGUUAUGGAUCCUUACGCCUGCGACUUCCGCCCUGAAGCCAUGCUCUGCACCUCAACAAACAACAACGCCUCAAGCUGCUUGACGCCGCAGCAGAUCAAUACUCUCCGCCAGUUGACAAGCGAUUAUGUCGACGUUGAUCAAACUUUUGUAUUUCCCAAGCCAUCACUGGGGUCAAGUCUUGCGUUUGUAGCGAGCGGCACGGAGGAGCCAUCUGCGAUCGGCUUACAAUACGUCAUCAACAUGGUGGUGAACGACACAGACUGGGACUGGCGAAGUUUCGACUUCAACACCGUGAAGCUGAUUGAUACCAUUGACCCCGGCAACUCGACUGCCGAUAAAUACGAUCUAUCUGCUUUCAAGAACCGCGGUGGCAAGCUGAUCCAUCUUCAUGGCCUUGCAGAUGACACAAUCAGCAGCGGGGCAAGCAUAUACUUUUACGAGGAAGUUUACAAAGCUAUGCAGAUCAGUCUUGACGAAUUUUACCGUAUGUUUCUGGUUCCGGGUCUUUUUCAUUGUACUGGUAGCACCGCCGCGCCCUGGUACACCGGUAUUUCGACGAUUGGCGGAGCUACCCAUGGCGUGCCGGGCAGCGACGAUGCCGACCAUAACGGAAUUUAUGCCAUCAUGCGAUGGGUUGAAGAGGGUAUUGCACCUCAGAAGUUGGUGGCUACAAAAUACCAUGAAGACAAUGUCCUUCGAGGAAUAGCCAGACAGAGACCUAUUUGUCCUUACCCUCUCAAGGCUCGUUACGUUACCGGCGAAAUUGAUUUGGCAGACAGCUGGGAGUGCGCCUAG